UAUCAAGACACGACGUUACACAGUGCAUAACGAUUCUCCAGCAGUCGGUCGACGUACGAGGUUAACAGCUGAUACGAACAGGGCUCAAGGGACACAAAUAACAGAAACGGGACCUCAACAACACAAGGGAAUCAUGCUUGGUUACAGCCAGAAGUAAGGACAAGGGAUAUUUUUGAAUAAAGGGAUUUCAGACAAACAUACAUAAUUGGAAGUUACAAACCAGCUGGAGACGCUGACAGGGCGCCGAUGAAAGAUCUCGAGAAAUACCGCAGCCACGAGAGUCCUGUGCAGGGGGGCGACUUUUCCAGCGACAAGCAACGUCUGCUUCAGAGUGGUGAUGUAGAGUUGAACCCAGGACCCGGGGCUAUGGCUCCGAUUCGGCCAAUUUACGACGCUGCCAACGGCGAGCACGAGAAGCGCAAACCCAGGUUUAACCGCUUCGGUCAACAUGAACCACCUACGGUUAGAAUUAAAAACAUUAUAAACCAAUAUGUCGGUGACACAAAAGGGAUAGGCUUGGAAGAAGUUGUCAAGGAGCUAACCCAAAAUGCAGACGACGCAAAAGCUAGCAAGGUCAUGUUCAUCUUGGACAAGCGCCAUCUGCCGACAGAAAAUGUGUGGGACGAAUGGAAACCACUGCAGGGACCAUCACUUUGUGUGUACAAUAACGCCAUCUUCACAGAUAACGAUAUUGAAGCUAUACAGAAGCUUGGAGUGGGAAGCAAAAGCAGUGAUCCGGAUAAAACAGGUCAGUUUGGCAUCGGUUUCAACGUAGUUUACCAGAUGACUGACUGCCCGACUUUGUUGUCAGAUGGUGUCAACCUCUGCAUGUUUGACCCCCAUUUGACCUACGUCCCAGGAGCAAACAACGGCUGCCCUGGUGGUCACGUGAACUUUAAGGAGGAACCUGAGUUCAAAACCACGUGGUCUGACGUCAUCCGGGGCUUUCUUGAUGAGUAUGUCCAGCAGAGCGGUAGCACGGUGUUCCGAUUUCCCCUUCGCACAAAAGAGAUGAAUUCCAAAAUUUCUAAUCGGCAUUACGACGAGGACUGCCUUCAGGAAAUGCAGAGAGAUCUGGAGACGAUAGAGUUCAGGUUGCUUCUUCAUAAGUGCCUUUUGUUUACCAAGACUGUGGACUAUAUAGGUGUUAUGGUGAUUCAUCCCGAUGGGAAUAAAGAGAUGGUCACCGAAGUUAAACGCAAGAUUAGUGCCGUAGACCACCGGGAGAUUAAGUCCUCCUAUCAGCGUCUGUCUACUGAGAUCAAGGCACUUAUGGAGGGGAGGAUCGGUGUCGGGGAUAUUACGAAAAAUUCCAUCACUUACAACAUGGUAACAGAGGAUGAAUUCAAUACCACAAACUGGACAGUCAAUCAAACGUUUGGUUUUCAUGGUGACUUUACGGAAGACGAAUCAGAGUUCCUAAAUGAGUUCGUGGGAGGGUCGUUCUCAGGGAAAAAAUUCAGUCCCAUAGCAGGCCUCGCCUCAAGACGUGAUAAUGAGGACUUGAAGGGCGAGACUUUCUGCUUCCUACAGCUCCCUAUCGAGAACGGCUUACCCGUGCACGUCAAUGGGCAUUUUGCCAUUCACUCCUCGCGCCGUAGCCUAUGGUCAAACACCGCGUUUGGCGAUUGGAAUCGUGUGUUGCUCCAUCACGUGCUAGUCCCAGCUUAUUGCUCCUUUCUACGCAGUAUUACCAGACAGGUCGAUACCCGCAACGUGGGCGAGUGGUAUCUGAGGUUGUUUCCACACAUAGAGGUCGCCACUGAAUCAUACUACCAAGAACUAGUCAAAGAUUUGUAUUUCUGUAUACUACACAACAAUCUGCCUGUGAUACCUUUGCUGCGACCCUCGAGUGUCUCAAAUGAUGCUCGACAGAAGGUUGAAUUCUUUGGACCAAAGGACUUAUAUUUUGUACACGGAGAAGACCACAAUGAAGAUGUGGAGAAAAGCCUCAUGGUGUUGGGUGUUAACAUAUGCAACUUUCCCGAGAUCACAGAACGGAUACUUGCAGCCAAAAUGAAAGACAUAGACUUUCUCACCCCCAGGGUAGCCACAAGCUGCCUUAAAGACGCAGCCACACGGAUGGGUCUUCCAAAGCCAAUCUCUGCAACUGAACUACGCACUGUAGAUAACGCCAAGAUUCUCCUAGAGUAUUGUCUCCUAGAAGAGAGCAACCAAGACUACCAUCGGCUCGACGGAUUGCCUCUGUGUGUCACCAUGACAAACCAGCUGAAAGAAUUUCGGCGUAGAUCGCCCGUGUUUUUGUCCCUCGAGUACAAAACCUUGUUGCCAUACAACCAAGACUUGUUCAUCCACGAAGAUUUGGCACCACUUUUGAAUGUGGCCCAAACCUACACCAACACUCCCGUGCGAAAAUUGGUGGUCGCAGACAUUCCAAACUACAUACAAGCAACUUCGCCAUGUGUCAGAGAUCGGGCAUGGCUCACCCUAAUGUGGAAGUUUCUGCGGGAAAAUACAAACAGAUACAACAACAGGACCGUCAUGGUCAUGAUGAGCGACCUGCCUAUAUUACCAGGCUCGGACGGCCGCUUCUAUAAAGUAAGCGAGGGCAAGAAUCUGGUAAAUCUUUGCAACUCUUCGAAAGACAUUCAGACCAUAGUCCGGAAAAUGGGUCUCCCAACUUUAGACACCACUGACCUUGUAGACGACGACCUCACGGAUCAGGACAUAAGUGAUAUGGCGUCGCCGUGUGUUAUGGACGCUUCUCACCCGGAGGACAUUCUGUACAUGCUCACUGUCUACCCGUUUCAUAGUUGUGAGUUUUCCGAAGACGAAUGUGAAACGUUCUUGUUCUUCUUUAAAAACGACUUAGAGUCAAUUCGUCGCAGUGGCGUCUUUCUUAAGACGUUGCGUCUCCUCCCAAUUUAUGAAACUAUUGAAGGGGACUUCAGGUCCAUAGCGUCUGCUGUUUCUGUAGCAGUUUUAGACGAUUCCAUUCCAACGAAAGGAAUCACAGGCUACAUGAGAAGUUCGGACCGUGUGUUGCUGAAGGAGAAAAAGGCCUACAGUGACUUGUACACAGCGUUAGGUAUCAGCAAGAAAAAUACAAUAGAUGUCUACACGGAUCAUGUUUUCCCCAAAUUUGCCAGCAUAGAUAAAGAAAUGAGACAAUCCCAUUUGGAGUGCAUUCGAGACUCUGUUUUACCAAUGCUGUUGUCAUUCGGUACAGACCAAGCAAAGCAAAUGUUUACCUCAGAACUUCAGAAACUGCCCUUCAUCCCUUAUGAAGGUAAUCUCCUGCUUGCCAGUAAUUUUUAUGACUUGGAUAUGGGAAUACUACACUUGGCUGGAGACCUGCAUCCACUUCCGGAGGAAUUCUGUGGACCGGAGUGGAGGGAGCUUCUGCGGGUUGCUGGUCUGAAAACCGAGAUAGAAGCGGCGGAACUGAUUAAGUGCGCUGAGGCUGUAUCCCACAUGUCCGAGGAUAUGGAGGAGGCUCAGAAAUUUGCUCAGAUCGUUCUCUCCACAGCUGUCCUGAACGAGUUCGAUGAGGACGUUCUCCGUCAGCUUUCAGAAAUCCCGUUUAUUCCAGCAGUCACCAUCGACUAUGACGACGAACUCAUCUCGGUUUGCCCACCAAAGCAGCCGGAAGGUUUCCAGAAGUUAUCCGGCUCACUGCAGUACGAGAGUAGACAAGAACACCAGCUCCUGCAGCACGACCUGCUGGCGUGGUCUGUGAACCCGACCCUCCCCCAGUGGGCAAAAAUUCCCGACAAUCUUGUCGAUAUUCUUGGCGUGCAACAGGUGCCCUCCGUCGCCGACGUCACUCAGCACUGCAUACAGUUAUGCGAGGCCGUAACCGACCAGCUUUCAGACGAAGCCUUGAAAGAGCUUGAGAAAGUCUUGGUGCAUAUUUACGAUUUUCUUCUCCUCAAGUGUGAUUGUAACAACCCUGGGUGUGACACGUGUAAGGAAAUGAAAGCUCUACAGACGGCAAGGUGUAUAGUCCUUAACGAUGGUACAAUAAGAGUCCGACCUGACCAGGUUGUGUUGAACUUCCCCUCAGACAUUGACAGUGACACCCUGCACCCUUACCUGUACGCCAGACCGAUGUCUUUGGCCAAGUACGAUGAAUUGUUCAAGCGUCUUGGAGCCGUGAAGAGUCCCAAACCCAAUACCUAUGCAAAUGUACUCAACAAGCUGCGGACCGAAUCUGGCACAAAUCCCCUCAAAACUAAUCAGAAACAGACUGCCAGCACGGCCGUAUAUGGCCUCUUUGCAUCCCUUCAGCAGGAUAUAGAGAGCGAAUUAACCGCCGGCCCACUCUUUUUGCCAUCCGACAAAGCAGUCAUGGUCGUCUCCAGUCAACUCAUCGUGAACGACAACAAAAUGAUAGCGAAGAAAUUCAAGAAGAAAAAAUACAAGUACCUAUGCAAAUUACAAAGCUGUAACCUCCCAAAGCAUCCGCGAGAGUACAUCAACCUCCUGCCGGACGAGUUAAGACCCAAAAUACUGUCUGAUAUGGUCCAGCAAAUGGCUGUGGUACGGUAUCGUUGUAUGAAAGGUCCCACCUGUCCCUUCAUGCAAGAAUACCGCAUGCGAAUCUCGCAAGACGCUUUUGGGCAUGUGCUGAUGCUGAUGGGCCACUCCCCGGACCCUGAUCGAGACGACUAUGAAGACAACAUUGAGAGAUUAAAGGUGAUGGAUUUCAUCUGCUUUGAAAAGAUAGACUGUUACCUCUGUGAGCGCGGCAUCCCGACGGAAUUGAUAAGCACCCCGAAGCUGGUCCACCACGAGGUUUCGGACGAAGGGUACAUGCGUCUGUUCAUUAAACACUACGACGAGUACCCCGGUGACGCAGACAUGGUCUCAGCAGUCGCAGACGCCAUAAAGACAAUGCUGUGUGCCAAUAACGCCUUCAGCAUUGAUUCAGGAAAAAUUGCGAAACUUCUGCGUUGCAAGAUAGAUCAUUUGGAUGAGUUUUUGGUCGAGGAGGGGUUGUCCACUCUGGACGAUGAUAUGAUGACCAGACCCCGACUUGGUGCCUUCAUAGAUCCCGAGGACCACUGGAUGUACAGUUGUGACCCGGAUGUUCGUUUCCAACCGAAAGAGUACGUCGCGUACAUGCUCCCCGAAUAUGAGAACGAAAUGAUCCACGCACGUAUCAUACGAGAGUGCAAGCGCAAGGAGCAACCGGUCGACGUCUCCAACAUGUUCCGUGAGUACAUUAUAGACGUUGGCCUUGAGAACCCUCUAACUGCGCAGUCGCUAGAUCUUUAUCGGGAGGUGAAACGGAAGUCAGACAAUGUUGCUCAUCAGAGGGCGCUGAUGAGGGAGUUGUCGGAGGCGGAAGAGAUGUACAGGAGGUUGAAAGAGGGGAUGGAGAUCGAGGAACAGAAGCGUCAGGUGACUCGCCUGUUAGAAGAAGUCUUCCGCGAUCCUAUGAGAUAUGACGAGAGAGACAAGCUGCGAAAAAGGCUGUUCCUUAAGUGGCAUCCUGAUAAAGCAGGGGGAACUUUAAUGGCGACAGAGGUGUUUAAGCAUCUGAAGGCAGAGUUGGACCGCCUUCAGAAGAUUUACCCCGUUAAGGAGCAAGCCGAGGGGCAGGGAAAUAUGUUUAAUCGUCCCAACCCGGCCAAUUUCCGGUUUAACUUUCAGCGACCAGAACCACCACCUGAACCUUCUAAACCUGCAGAUAAACCAGCAGAACCAAAGCCAACUCCAAGGAGCGAGUCAGCUAAAGACAGACCAACGUCUGAGAGCGCUGAGCCUGACGAAAGCCCGUCAACAGCCACUGAGGACGACACCAGCUCUCAGCGUACAGCAACGUCACCGAUGGAAGACGGAGCAGACGACAGUCCAUUUUCGCCUGGGACCGAUGGGGAAGAGUUUUUCGAUACCCAACCCAGUCCCACGACAGAGACAAAGGAGGCUGAAGCUUCUGAAACAAAAACCGAGAUGAAAGAAGGAAUCAAGAUCGACGCGCCACCUACCGACCGCCUUGACCCGCCAAAGGAAUGGUUUCGUCAGGCCAAACGAGAUCUCGAUUGUGCGAAAAUUAUGAAACAGAACCAUGGGUACGAGUGGGCCUGCACGAUUUGCUACGAAGUCGUACGAAAAAUGUUGGUGGCUUCGAUUCUUCAGAAGACAGAAGAGGAGAAUCACCACGAUCUCCAAAUGACGCGAUAUCUUCCAAAACUGCUCGAGAAACUUCGAGAUCUUCCGGGGCUACCAGAGCGUCUGUCUGACGACAUCUCGUUUUUGAGGAAACUUAACGCGAAUUAUUUGUUCAGUUUUGACUUGAGUCUUCUGGAUGAAUCAAAGACUAUAUCCGAUAACUAUACGGAAUCACUCGCUCAGGAUAUAGUUGAAACUGUAGAGGCGAUGAUAGAGUAUAUGGAGGAAUUCAAUGACUUUGAAACAUUUGCUGCCAGCGAUAAGCCAAAAGCGAAACUUGUUACGAGCAAGAGUUGCUCUUCUUGAUUCUGGGGAGAUUGGAAUAGAAUACUUGGUUUUAAUUUGUGUGACAGGAAUGGUAGUCCUAGGAAUGGAAGUCCGGGGUCCCAUAUGAUUAGUACAGGUUAGAGUUAGUCGGGAAAUUGGAGUUAGUAUAUGUGAAGAAUACCACCUGUAGAAAGUAAUUGGGAACGGGCUACUGUUCCUAAGGGACUACUAGUCCUGUCACACCGGAUUAUUUCAAUACAAACUGCAUAAUAGAAACUUUGCACUGUUCAAAAUUCGAUCCGUAUUGUCAAUGGUAAUAUUGGCGACUCGACCAAAAACAUGCCUGUACAUAUCCCACUUGAUAUCACUAUAAGUAAUUAAGUGAAAUGUAUACUUAUUUAAGUUUUAAGUUUAUUCAUGCAAAAUCUUAACAAAUAUGCAUAGAGACAAAAUGUCGCCUGUUCUUGUCUGUCGAAAAGUAGAAAUUGCAUCAUCCUUGUAAUGCUUGCUAUGCCUAAAGACGAUUUCAUGAUAAUUAUGAUAUUUAUUGCACCAGUUGACAACUGUUUUCACUCAUUAUUUAUUGUAUUUGUUCUGGGUAAACAUUUGUUGCCUUAUUUUAUAACCUCUAUUCAUUGCUUCAUACGUAGGUAAAGGGAUGCUUCAAGCGAGUAUCCAUAAAUAUUAUAGUACAAAAGUUCUGGCAUUUUUAGAAGCACGGUUUAAGAUCCGUUUGUAUAUGUAUAUAUAAACAAUUCAGCACUGGUGUAAUUUGUAUAUCUUUGAUAUUUAUGUUAGGUAUACCAGCUUUAUGUACUAAAAACAAAUGAUCAUUUAUUAUUAUUCCAUUUUUAUUAUUUUACGUUUUACCCAAGGCGUUCUGUUAUUUUUAGAAACGAUUGGAGAUUUUGUUAAAGCGAAUAUACAUGCCCACGACGUAUUUUUAUUUGUGGACCAUUGUGUUUAUAGAUGGGGAUUAAGUGAAUGACACUUUAAAGUGGAACCUUUUUUACUGAUGAAACGCUGUUUUAAAUGCUAUGACUGCUCCUUUAUUUGGAAACCGUAUUGUCGGCCAAGCAGGUUUGGAAUCUCAGAAAAAGCAUUGUCUCGAAGCACAUACAAGUAGUCUAGCUUACUCAAAGUAAGAGAUUUGAAAAAUCUCGGUCAUUGUCUUGUUUCGGGUUAUUCAUGUAUGCACACUCUUGCGCGUGAAAUGGUAUUUGUUUGCUGCUGUAACUUUUUGGCAUGAAUAAAUAGCGAAAUGCAAUAUGCACAG